GAUCGAUGCUCUCCACGCUCUAUAUCCCCACCUAUAUUAUCCUCCCGCCAUUCCUCCCACACGCCCACCUUCUUAUAUACUUUCUCAUACACACGCUCAUCUCCCUCUCUCUCUCUCUCUCCCCAACUUCUUUCCUGCAGGGAUCUAAAUUGUGAUUGAAAACAUUGCUGGUGAUACAAUGGCAGCUGACAAGGGUAAAUCAUCAAGUAAGCUAUGUAGCAAGAAAAUUCAAGGGAAAGUUUCUGGAGUGACCAAAGCUGAGAGGGAGAAACUGAAGCGUGAGCAUCUGAAUGACCUCUUUCUUGCAUUGGCGAAUGCUCUUGAAAUUUCAGAGCAGACUAAUGGCAAAGCUUGUGUAAUCGGGGAAACUACCAGGAUGGUAAAGGAUACGCUUAAGCAGAUUGAAUGCCUCAAAAGAGAGAAUGAAGCUUUGCUGUUUGAAUCUCAAUAUGUGACUAGCGAGAAUAAUGAGCUUCAAGUUGAGAAUUCUGCUCUGCAAGAUCAGAUAGUGAAAUUGCAGAAGGAGCUAAAAGAGAAGACGUCUCAGGUAAACCUAGAUCUGAAUAUAGCUCCACCUGAACCGAAGAGAUUAGAUUUGAUGCCAUUAACUGCCGAGGACCAUAUCACAUUUCCUAUCGGGGAACCUCUAUUGCAGAAACCAGCAACUGGGGCUCCCCUCUAUGUGAUCCCUGUCUAUCCUGAUUUCCAAGUUCAUCAGCAGUCUAAUCAUACUGCACAACUUGCAUGCGAGCCUGUUGGUAAUGUGAGCAAACCACGUGCUAGAUAUCCAUCUCCCGGUGAUUCUUGGCCUUCCCGGAUUCUAUAAGAUCUGUGAGAACAAGAGAAAAAUUGAGGGAUAGGAGUAGCAAUGACAGAAAGAAUUGAGGCAAAUGUAAUGUGUAAGUUUGUUGUGGUUCAAGUGAUGUGCUAGUUGGUUAGUCUGCCAACCGUCUGUAAAUUCGACUGGUAUUAUGCGCUUCCUCUGCGUCUCUAUAGAAGAAACACACCCAAUACGGAGUCUUAAGCAAA